GACUACUGCUCCAAGUACGGCCUGAAGAUGGGCGAGUACUACCUGGGUCUGUUCGGCAUGGACACGGAGAAGGAGUGGAUCGUGUACGGCGUCAUCUACACGGCGGCCAUGUACGUGGGGUUCAUGUUCCUGUCGUACCUGGCGCUCGAGUACAUCCGCUACGAAGCCCCCGAGAACGUGGACGUGUCGGAGAAGACGAUCGAGAACGAGUCGUACACGAUGCUGGAAACGCCCAAGACGAAGAACGGAACCGACACUGUGGACGACUACGUCGUCGAGAUGGACACGCGCGAGAAGAACUUCACCCCGGUGACGGUGGCCUUCCAAGACCUGCACUAUUUCGUGCCCGACCCGAAGAACCCGAAGCAAGAGCUCGAGCUGCUCAAGGGCAUUAACGGUUUUGCUGUCCCUGGAUCGAUCACCGCGCUCAUGGGCUCUUCGGGAGCUGGUAAGACGACGCUGAUGGAUGUGAUCGCUGGCCGCAAGACCGGCGGUAAGAUCACGGGCAAGAUCCUGCUGAACGGCUACGAGGCCAACGACCUCGCCAUUCGCCGCUGCACGGGCUACUGCGAGCAGAUGGACGUGCACUCGGAGGCGGCCACCAUUCGCGAGGCCUUGACUUUUAGCUCGUUCCUGCGCCAGGAUGCAUCGAUCCCGGCCGCCAAGAAGUACGACUCGGUGAACGAGUGCAUUGAGUUGCUCGGACUUGAAGACAUUGCCGACCAGAUCAUCCGCGGCAGCUCCGUGGAGCAGAUGAAGCGACUGACGAUCGGUGUGGAGCUUGCUGCCCAGCCGAGUGUGAUUUUCCUGGACGAGCCGACGAGUGGCCUGGACGCGCGCUCCGCCAAGCUGAUCAUGGACGGUGUCCGCAAGGUGGCCAACUCGGGCCGCACUAUUAUCUGUACCAUCCACCAGCCUUCGUCGGAGGUGUUCUACCUGUUCGACAGUCUGCUUCUGCUGAAGCGUGGUGGCGAAACGGUGUUCUACGGCAACCUGGGCAAGAACUGCCGCAACCUGGUGGACUACUUCGAGAGCAUUCCCGGCGUGGCCCCGCUUCCGAAGGGCUACAACCCGGCCACGUGGAUGCUGGAGUGCAUCGGCGCCGGUGUCAGCAGUGCCGCCAACCAGAUCGACUUCGUGGCCAACUUCAACAAGAGCUCGUACCGCCAGGUGCUCGACCGCGAGAUGGCCAAGGAGGGCGUGACGGUGCCGUCGCCCAACCUGCCGGAGAUGGUGUUCGCCAAGAAGCGCGCGGCCACGUCGGCCACGCAGAUGAAGUUCGUGGUGACCCGCUUCUUCCAGAUGUACUGGCGCACGCCGACGUACAACGUGACGCGUAUGGUGCUGGCCAUCUUCUUGGCGUUGCUGUUCGGCAUCGUGUUCGUGAACGCCGAGUACGCGUCGUACUCGGGCCUGAACUCGGGCGUGGGCAUGGUGUACAUGGCGUCGCUGUUCCUGUCGAUGACGGCGUUCCAGAGCGUGCUGCCGCUGACGUCCUCGGAGCGCGCCUCUUUUUACAGGGAGCGCGCGAGCCAGACGUAUAAUGCGUUCUGGUACUUCCUGGGCUCGACGCUGGCCGAGCUGCCGUACUGCUUCGUGCUGGGCGCGCUCUUCACGCUGGUGUUCUACCCCAUGGUGGGCUUCACGGACGUGGGCGUGGCCUUCAUCUUCUGGCUGGCCAUCUCGCUCAGCGUGCUCAUGCAGGUGUACAUGGGCCAAAUGUUCUCGUACGCGAUGCCGUCGGAGGAGGUGGCGGCCAUCAUCGGCCUGCUGUUCAACGCCGUCUUCAUGACGUUCAUGGGCUUCAGUCCGCCGGCCUACGCGAUCCCGUCGGGCUACAUAUGGCUGUACAAGAUCUCGCCGCUGCGGUUCCCGGUGUCGAUCCUGGUGGCGCUGAUCUUCUCGGACUGCGACGACCUGCCGACGUGGGAUGAGGCCUCGCAGGCGUACACGAACGUGGGCUCGAAGCUGGGCUGCCAGCCGAUGGCGGACGCGCCGGUGACCGUGGGCCACAUCACCAUCAAGGAGUACACGGAGGAGUACUUCGGCAUGAAGCACGACACGAUCACGCCCUACUUCUUCGUGCUCAUCGGCUUCAUCGUGCUGUUCCGCGUGCUGGCGCUGAUCUCGCUGCGCUACAUCAACCACCAGAAGCGGUAGAUAGAUCGCUGCAAACUAGAAACUGGAGGCCGGCUAUUAUGAGCUGGUCACCCUUGUAUAUUUCUGCAUUUCGAAUCCUCAAAUACAACAAAUAUUGUAAACCAU